UGGUCGCGGUGACUUCUUUGAUGUGACGUUGACUGAGCGUUUACCGACUACACCGACGACGACGCCUUAAUCUGAAAUGUUCACAAGUUAAAUGAAAUUAACUUUUUGAGUCACAGUUCAAGGUAGUCGUAUAGAUUUUAUUUUUCGCGUUCAGACAGAGUCUUAUUUAUUUAUUUUUCUUUUUAGAGUCGUAAGCAUUACCUAAGCGACACGGCGUGACGCCUCAACAACAAGGAUAAACAAAGACACAGGUGUGACGAAGAAAAGGUGUUCCCACUUCCUGUCUCUCACCUGCAACCACGAGAGCUUUUUAAAAAUGCUGCUGUAAUCAGAUGCAGUAUAAAAAUGAAUGCAUGUAUGGGGUGACAUUUUGGAAACGUGAUGUCAGACAUCGAAAAUGACAUUCUUAAGAAUGAACCCAGUAUUUCAGAGCAAGAUCAAGAGCGUACAGCAGCACUUUGCAGUGUAAAUUCAGUGCUUUUGAUGUAUAGCGAAAGCCAGCAGGAUCAAUCUAGCCAACAAGCUGCCAUGAGCGAAGAAAAUAGCCAAGAGAGACAAGGAGCUUUGUCACCAGGUUAUCAUAAACCUCCUCACCACAAAAAAGGAAAGACAAAGAAAUCUGAUAGCAUCUUUCCAUCACAUGGGCCAUCAUUGCAGAAACAGUCAUCAAAUGCCAGUCAAACCCAUGAGUGGUCAUUUGACAUCAGUGAGCCACGGAGUCCAAAGAAGGAACUUACUGGUGUUCUAGAGCCUCAAGUGGUAUCAUCAUCUCCAUCAUCCAGGCCUGGAAGCAAAAAGCAAAAAAGGAUCAGAAACAAGGCCAGGAGGUCUUUCCCAUGAAGAGUAUGUCUGAAGGAAGUGAACCUUCUGAAACUGAAAAAUCAGACAAACAGGCAGGAAAAAAUGCACCAUUGAAAAUAGAUUCUGUGCACAGCGCUGACCUAAACACAGCUAAGGGAAAAAGAGAUGAUCCAUCUGCAGAAGGUUCUGAUGGUCAAAAAGAGGAGAAUCCAACAAAUGGCCAGAAUAACAGAGAUGGACAAAGCAUUGAGCAGUCCAGUUUCUUGAACAUGAACAAGUCUCGUUACACGCCAACAGUCACUAACUCUAUUAAAGAUUCUUUGAACCAGAGGCACAUCAACCAGACUGCCAUUGCUGCUUAUAUCAGCAAGAAUAUACAACAGAGAGAGUGCAAGGCAUAUGCUAGAAAUGCAUCAUCAAGUCAAGCAAGUCACGCUUGCCAGUGUGGGCGAGAACUCUUAUGGCAUGAAUUAAAAGGAAUACCUACAAGGGUAGAUUCGGAACACACUGUUUGGCAUCCCCAAACACACACUAAGGUCAUGCCAUGUGACUCUUUUGGAGAGAUUUUGUUUCGUGGGUUUGGAUCUCAGUCUAAUAAUUCCCCAUAUGUACGAGUUGACUACAUGACUGAUAUGGAGAAAAUGGGGACUCUUUUGAUGGAUUACUGGCACCUCCCAGUACCAAAACUACUAAUUUCUAUCACUGGAGGUGCAAAACGUUUUAACCUCAAGGAACGUCUCAGUAACAUACUCAAACAGGGGUUGGUGACAGCAGCUGUUAGUACAGGGGCUUGGAUCAUCACCGGAGGUACUGCUGCAGGUGUGAUGGAACUGGUGGGUGAGGCUUUGCAUGACCACCACCUCUCUACUGGAAAUACAGAUCGCAGCCAGUGUGUGGCACUGGGUAUUGCAUCCUGGGGUGUCAUUGCUAACAAUGUGGCACUGGAUGGCGAAGGGGACAGUGGUCUCUUCCCAGCCCAGUAUGCUAUGGAGGACAUACAAUCCCAUGGCAGGAAUCGAGCAGCUUUGGACCACAAUCACACCCACUUCAUUCUUGUUGAUGAUGGUACAGAUGGGAAGUUUGGUGUGGAAAUAGAGUUUCGAGCAAAGCUGGAGAGCUACAUCUCAUCCAUAGUGGAGACGGGUGUAGCUAAGAACCAGAGUAUUCAUGUACCUUCAGUCCUGAUUGUCGUAGAGGGUGGUGUCAACACAUUACAGACAGUGCAUGCGAGUAUAAAGCGCAAAAUCCCAGUAGUUGUUAUUAAUGGAUCGGGACGAGUAGCUGACUUUAUCGCUCUGGCUUAUCGUCUUACCAAAACUUCUAAUGAUGAGGACAGGACUGUAUAUCCUGAUAAGUUUGACAAGACCAUGAAACAGAAAGCCAAGGUUAUGUUUGAGUGGCAGCGCAAUGACACGGAUGUUGAUCAAAAGAUCAUUGGCUAUAUCAGACUUAUCAAAGAGUGUCUCAAGGAAAGAAAGCUGCUAAAUGUUUUCAACCUAGAGAAGGCUGACUCGGUGAAAGACAUUGACCGUGCCAUAUUAUAUGCGCUUUUGAGAGCCAACAAGUCAAAUGCUAACUCUCAGCUGGCUCUUGCUCUGGCUUGGAACAGAUGUGACAUUGCCCGACAGGAGAUCUUCACUUCUGUCAACAGGCAACACUGGAAGCAUAUUGACCUGUAUCCAGCUAUGUUCACUGCCCUUGUACAGAACAGAGCAGAUUUUGUUCAGCUGUUUCUUGACAAUGGUUUGGACCUAAAGCGCUUUCUCAACAUCAAGACUCUCUGGAACCUGUACUGUGAAUGCAUUAAGGAGGAGACAGAUGCUGGGGCUCAACUUCUGCGUUAUCUGAUCACUUACCAGAAGCAAACCUGGACAGCCUUCCUAUUAUGUCAUGACCCACCAGAUUUUGAGAACUUUCCUGAUCUUCUUCCAUACAUCGGCAAAGUUGUGGCACACUUGCUUGAGGACCAGAGAUUCAAUUUUUAUUCUGACAAAAAAUUUGUUGUUCGCGAUAACAAUCCCUCUCUGGAAUGGAAGAAGAGAGACUUUGCAGCUAUAAAGCGAUUGAAAAAAGCAGGAGGGAAAUUUUUGCCUGUAAAGAAGCAUCAGAAAACUAAAGAUGAAUUUGAUUUUGAAUCUCCGGAGAGAGAGCUGUUUCUGUGGGCCAUUCUUUUCAAUCGUAGUAGACUAGUUCGUCUCUUCUGGAAGCAAGGCCGUGAUCAUAUUGGUGGUGCCCUCUUUGCCUCGGCACUGCUGAAGCAGUUGUCCAGUUUUGCUGAUAAUGAAGAAGAGGAUGAUUUAAGUGCUGAGAUGGCCACCUGUGCUGGAGCAUGUGAGCAGUGGGCUGUAAGUGUGUUGUCUGAGUGCUAUUCACGAGAUAAACAGCUGACACACCAUCUGCUUGUUCGUGAGCUGCCAUCUUGGGGUCAAACAACCCUCUUCAGCAUGGCUGAUAGCUAUGAAAUGAUGGAAUUCUCUGGACACUCUGCAUGCCAGACCAAAGUAUCUUCAAUCUGGAAGGGUCGUAUGGCACUCUAUACAUCAGAGAUGAAGAUCGCUUUGUGCAUUUUCUUCCCUCUGGUGGUUCCCUCCAUCAAGUUCACUGCUGAUUAUAAGCCCAAAGAAGAAGACAAAAAGAAAGCAACGCCUGGAGAUCUUACAGAGUCUCCGAGGGGUUCGACUCUGCUUAACAAUACUGUGUCUCCCAGAACUCUUUCUGAUGACAACCAAGAUGGUAAAGGUUUUGUGCCUUCUCAGUCCAGACGUGAAAGGGUGUACACCAUUGCAAGCAAAUUCAACAAGGUUAAUCUCUGUGACCUCAGAACUGCUGAUAACAUCAGCAUCUUUGCAGCUAUACUCUAUUUCUACCAGGCUCCAGUCACCAAGUUCUUCUGCAACAUAAUUUCCUACUUCGUAUUUAUGGGACUUUUCACCUACUUUGUACUGGUUGAAUUGAGACCUGUUGAGACAGAUUCUCCAUCCAUUUUUGAGUAUAUUACUUGGGCGUGGCUGGGCACCAUGGUUCUAGAAGAAUUCAGACAAAUGAUGAGCAAGGAUCAUGGGUCAGUAAUAUACAAAAUAAAGAACUGGUUUGGAAACGUGUGGAACAAGUUUGAUCUUCUCAUAUAUGUCUUGUUUAUGGUGUCGAUCAUUUUGCGAUACCAACUGGAUUCUGAAUUUGUGUGGGCACGCAUUGUUUACAGCAUUACAAUGGCUCUGUUCUACCUGCGCUUUAUGCAGUUCUUCUAUGCUGAGAAAAAUAUAGGCCCCAAAGUCAUCAUUAUACGGAAAAUGUUGACAGACCUGUCAUUUUUUGUUGCCAUCUUGGUGGUAUUCAUGUUGAGUUUUGGUACUGCAUACCAAGCUAACUUGUUUCCCCAUUCAGUACCGAGCUGGACUAUCCUUGGCAAUGUGUUUUAUUUUCCCUACUUCCAGAUGCAUGGAGAAAAUUUUCUGGAUGAAAUGCAAGGUGAACCAACACCAAACUGCUCAAAAAAUCAAUCAGUAUGGGGGAAUAAUCUAGCUGAUCGGUGUCCAGAGAAUAACAAAGUGGUGCCUGUAUUGUUGGGUGUGUACUUGAUGCUUAUCAACAUCCUUCUGGUCAACCUUCUUAUUGCCAUGUUCAGCUACACAUUUCAAAAUGUACAAGACAACUCUUUGAAAGUCUGGCGCUACUAUCGGCUGUCUCUGGUGUUUGAGUAUGCUGAUCGUCCAACUCUAGUGUCACCUCUCAUUUUCAUAAACCGUUUUCGAUUUUUGAGGUGGCUGUGCUACAAGGCAACAAAGGACUGCAUUAAUCGACAUGAUCCAUUACAGGUGAAGGUGUCCCCUGAAGACCACAAUCGCCUGUCUGUGUUUGAACGAAUGGCCAUGGAGAAUUAUUUGACUCAUUCCAAGCAGAUGUCUAAGGGGUCACUUGACAACCAAGUGGCCACAACAGCUGAAAGGAUUGAAAGCAUAAUGGAGGAGCUGGAAAUUAUCAAGGACACAAUUCAGCAGCAAGAAGGCCAGAGGGCACAGUUUGCUGGGAUGCCAGCAGAGAGCCCAUCAAAAGAAGCAGAUAUCAUGGAGCGUGUUUCUCCAUCUGCACCAGACAGCAAACAAGUAUCGCGGGAGGAAAUAGAGAGGCUUUCAAAGUGCGUGGAGGAGUUGUCAGCCAGAUCAUCUGCAACCUCUGUUCAGCUUGCGGAUCUGAUUAAUCUGCUGCAGACCUCAAUCCAGCAACAACAGCAGAUCCCAUCACGAGUCAAGAGCUGGACCUCACCUAAACACAUGCAAGAAACCAGAGUUAUUGACGAAGACGAGGACACACUCCAGUGAAUAAAAAAAUCACUCAUACCUGUGCUGAGAUGACCACAUCUAAUUGACUUCUUUAUCGCUUUGUUAUUGCUUGAUGGGUUUUUGUUAAUAUGAUUUAUUUUAUGAUUUACAACCUUUAUGUUGGCAAUUCAUGGGCAGCAAAUCUGAACUGGUUGUUUGCCCAUUUUUUCCUCUGAAAAUUUUGAUUGCAUUUUUGGGCAAACACAAGAUUUUAUACAUGGAACAGGGUUUUUUAAAAAAAGUUUUUCUUCUUUUGUGAUUCAAAGUGCUGAUCAUGGAUCAAUGGACAUAGUGAGGAUUGUAGCAGACAAGACCGACACCUGCUGGAAAAUAUGUCAUAUUAAAGAUUUCAUUGUUGUUAUAUAUUUAAUAGUGUGUGCUACAAAUCUAUUAGUUCAUUGUGUUUAAGCUUUAGCUUUUUUUAAUUACAAAUUUAUGUCCUUUUAUUUAUUUCUUUUAAAACUAGUUUAAAAGCACAGAAACAUCAUGAAAAUCACAAAUCCAAUACACUUGAUAUUUAAAAUUGUAUUUUAUAUUGUAUUGUUUUCCCACAUAGUAUUUCUCAAAGAAAGAGCCACUCUCUUUGAUCACUCAUUUAAAAAUGGCAUGAACACCUUACAGGACUCAUUUUGAUACUCACUUUGUGUGUUUUCAGGGAGACUGAUCUACAGAGAUUGUGAUGUUACAAGUAAACAUUUCUAGGCACUGCUUAUAUUUUUGUUCAUUAAAAUUUUACGUUCAAUGAAGGGGGAAGAGGAAAGCCAAGUGGUUAGAACUCUGGCCAGAGAAAUGCUUGCAAGUCCUUGGUACCUCUAUGCUGCAGUAAAUAUCCUUAGUUUGUUGAAUUAGAUUCCUGACUCUGUAGAGGGUUGGGGAAAAAAGGGCAGUGAUGGAGGGAUGGUGACCACAAAAAGAGCUGACCCCAAAGCAAGUACAGUCUCUAACAUCUCGCUCCCCUAUGACCAAAAAGUUAUGAUUUUUUUAAAAAAAAAUUAUAACCACACGGCUUAUAUUGUCAUCCUAGGAUUGUGUCUCAUGCUAAAUUUCUCACCAUUUCAUGCUUAAAAAGUGUUUUUAAAUCAUGCAGUGAUACAACAUUCUAUACUGUUUCAUUCACUGAAUUUCCUGCGAUCUCACCUUUUCAUUGUAAGAGAAAGACCAUCGUUAAGUCUGAAUAUGUCUGCAAGAUUAUGUACUUAUAUUGUAUGAUUUGACUUUUAAAAUCAUGUUUCACAUAUUACUGCAAUUGUCUUCGCAGUGGUGCAGACCAAUAGGAAAUGUACUGAAAAAAAACAACCAAGAAGAUCUGAAGACUGUGAUAAAACACUCACUUUUGAGAUGUGGCAUAAGAUUUUUGUGUGGCUAUUCUUUCUCAAUUGAAAUUGCAUCUUGAAGGUAUCCCUCCAGCAGCUACAUUCCAGUGGAGGAGUUCGUUUACUUCAACUUUUGUUUUCCAUUUAGUCUAUAAUGUAACAAGCUCUUUUUCUGUGGGUCAGAUUUUGUGGUCAAAAUAUUCCAUUGCAUUUGUGAUCACAUGAACUCAUUUAUUUGUUCAUUUAUUCCUUACAGAACGUAUGUUGUUACACUGUAAAGUUAUUUCAUGGUAAAUGUUUUAGCAGUCAUUUUGUACACAAAUGACAGAAUGAGAUCUUGACUUUCAGACAGCUGAUCAGAUUUUCACACUAUAUUGUGUUGUUGGGUGAGAAUGAGAUGUUACUUUACCAGAACUGAAAUUUAUUUUUAAAGAUGAAAACAAAAACCUCAGGCCUUUUGUAAUGAACUCUUGAAAAAAAGGUAAAAUUUACAUUGAACAUUGUAACUCAUUUUUACCAGAUCAUAAAACUGGGAAAUUGAGUCAAGGGUAUAUGUGACAUCGAUCUAGGAGCAGGAAAAAUAUGCAGUGCCAUAAAGUAUGGCACUAGGUGACAAACUCUUUUUGGAUCAGGUGAGAAAUUGGUGAAGAAACUGGAUAGAAAUAUAGAUGUUCCAGCAAAAUGAGUUUGUUUGCUGUUUAGCAGCUGCCUCACAUGUCUGUUUGCCAUAGAACAGCAGCUGAAUUGAUGGGUGAUUUGCUUAAGUGAAACAGGUUUGAUGCAGCCUUUGCUAAUGAGGCUUUAGCUUACUGAACCCAGUAAAAGCAGAAUUCAACACAAUCUCCACUUCUUCUGUCAAGUGAAAAGCAUGUGCCUUUAAUAUUCCUGUUUGCUCAAAUGUGUCUGGUAUUGUGUAGUAUUCAAGAUUCCAGUGUCACCUUCUGCAGCAACAGACUUUUGUGUCUACAUGCUUGAUGCUAUAUUUAUUUCCUCUUUGAACAUUUUUUUGGGUCAUAAUUUACGUUUUUUUUAAAAAUACUAAUGGAUAUUGCUUUUAAUCAAGCACUCUCAGUGCAUUUGUUUACAUUUUUCUAUUUCAUUUUUUACAUGACUAUCAUCUACAUAUUUGUAAACAUUGACAUAUAUGUACUAGAAUAUACAUGAUGUUAAACCCAUCCGCUUGUAAAUUCAGGUGAUUAAUUUUAUGUGUUCUUUUGCUGUGCAACAAUCUUAGACAUUAGAGAGAUUAAGAUUUAAACCAAAUUCAGUGGGAACUCCCUUUUUUUCAUGGAGCCCAUUUCAGGCAUUGUAUACAUUGCGUAGCUAUUCUAUAAAAUGCCAGUUUUCAACAUUGCCCAUAACAUAAAUACACAAUUGUUAUUCAGUCUCUGAAAAUGUACUCAAAAACUUUUUACAGUGCAUGAAAAGAAGUUUUUAUUUUGGUAUGUCAUCUAUGCAACUGUCCUUGUGCAGAUUUUCUUACCAGAUGGUACCAAAAAUGAUAUGACUGAGAUACAAACUCUUCUGUAACAUUAAUUUAUAAAAAAAAAAUCUACUUAAACAUGUAGUAGUAUAGAGGGCAUAUAGUAGUUAUUCUGUGAUUACAGAAAGUGCACAAAAA